AUGCCUAGAGUGAUUCUCGCCCGCCAUGGCGAGACGGAAUGGUCGCUGUCGGGCCAGCACACUGGUCGCAGCGACAUUCCACUGACUGCUCAUGGCGAGAGCGUCAUGCUCGCUUUGGCGCCGACAUUUGUGGGAACGGACGGCAGCAAGCUGGUCGACCCUCGUCACGUCUCGCACAUCUUUUGCAGUCCCAGGAAGAGAUCUCAACGAACGCUGGAGCUGAUGAUGUCGCACUUGAGCAAGGAGGAGCGGGAUGCCGUAGUGCCUGUAGAGACGCUGCAAGAGUGCAGAGAGUGGGAUUACGGGGCGUACGAAGGCUUGAAGACGAACGAGAUUAGGGAAAAGCAUGCAGGUUGGGACAUUUGGAAUGAUGGCACGCCCAAUCACCCCUCCAAUCCAGACUUGCCCGGGGAGAGCGCGCAGCACAUGUCCGACAGGGUGGAUGGUGUCAUUGCAAAGAUCCGGGUGCUUCAAAAGGCAGUCAUCGAAGGGCAUCCAGAGACGACGCACGAUGAAAAUGUGAUGAAGCGGGGCGGCGAUGUGAUUCUGGUCGCACACGGACACUACAAUCGCUGCUUCAUUGCUCGCUGGCUUGGCCUACCUUUGACGAAUGGAAGGCUGUUCGAAGUCGAUGCGGGCGGCGUAGCCAUUCUGUCGUACGCUCAUCAUAGCUUCCAGGAGCCUACAAUAGCAGGCAUCUUCUCGAGCAAGACUGGCCCGCGACCCGACUCCCGACCUAAACCGCCCGAACACGAAGAGCACCAGUACUUGUCUUUGAUCCAGCGCGUCAUUCAAAGCGGUGAAGCGCGCGGAGAUCGAACAGGCACAGGCACUUUGGCGUUGUUUGCGCCCCAGCCUUCGUUGUCGUUCUCGCUUGCAGAUGGCACUCUGCCGCUUCUUACUACAAAGCGAGUCUUUAUGAGGGGCAUCCUCGAGGAGCUGCUGUGGUUUGUAGCUGGCAAGACGGAUUCUAAACUGCUCACCGACAGAGGGGUGCACAUUUGGGACGGCAAUGGCUCGAGAGCGUUUUUAGACUCGCGCGGGUUAAAGGAGCGCAGGGAAGGCGACUUGGGCCCAGUGUACGGCUUCCAGUGGAGACACUUUGGCGCCGAGUACACGCACUGCGAUGACGAUUACAGCGGCAAGGGCGUGGACCAGCUGGCCGAGGUGAUUGACAAGAUAAAGAGCAAUCCAACAGAUCGGAGAAUCAUCCUGAGCGCAUGGAACCCAAAAGACCUGAGGUUGAUGGCUCUACCUCCGUGCCACAUGUUUUGCCAAUUUUUCGUCUCGCAAAGAAGAGGGGCGGAGAAGCCUCUUUUGUCGUGCCAAAUGUAUCAGCGGUCCUGCGAUCUGGGCUUGGGCGUGCCGUUCAACAUUGCAUCCUACGCACUGUUGACGCACAUGAUUGCCCACGUCACGGGUUGCGAGGCCGACAGGCUGACGCUGGCAAUGGGCGACGCGCACGUCUACAAGGACCACGUCGAACCUCUCAAAACUCAAUUACAGCGGCAACCUAGACCCUUUCCGAAACUCGCGUUCAAGAGGCGCAUUCCCGACAUUGACAGCUUCGAGACGGACGACUUUGAAGUGCAAGGCUACGAUCCGUGUCCCGCCAUCAAGAUGGCCAUGAGCGUGUGA